AUGAUGAUGACGUGCCGUCUGCUGUGCGCCCUGUUGGUUCUCGCCCUGUGUUGCUGCCCGUCCGUGUGCAUGGCAGAGAGUGAAGAUAAAACUGGAAAAAAUUCUGGUUCAAAUGGUAAUAACAGAGGGAAGAAAAGUCAGGAGACGGAAUUGCCAAUUAGAACUACUUCUCAGUCACAGACGGACGGGGAGAAGAUAGUGACUGAGCAGGCACCAAAUACGGUGACCCCUGUGUUAGAGACAGCGGGUACAAUAAACGGAACGGCACAGUCAAAGAGUAAUUCCAAUAAGGUACAGGAAAAGGAAGGGCAACCCACUAAGGAAGAGACUGAAAAUACGAACACUAACACGUCAAAUGAACAACAUAAGGAAUCAAAUGCACUAAAUACGACCACGACGACCACUACAACAACUACGACGACGACCACAAGGGCACCCACUACGACGGAGACGCCAACCACGACGACCAGCUGCGCACCGUCACGUCUUCGCGAAAUCGACGGCAGCCUCAGCAGCUCUGCGUGGGUGUGUGCCCCGCUGCUGCUCGCCGUAUCCGCGCUGGCGUACACCGCUGUGGGCUGA